CCUUUUGUCGGAAGAAGCGGCCAGAGCCUCCAUAGGCAAGAUUGACGAUUCGAAAACUCAUGACGAUCUCAAUUUCUAUGGGAUGGUCAACGCAGAUCAAAAGGAUAGCGGCACUUCUCAUUCUUGCUACUGGGACAAGGACAACAACGUGGUGGCCAUAACGAGCACCGUGAACUACUUUUUUGGCAGUCAAGUGGUGCCCGACAGCACUGGCUUCGUCCUGAACGACCAGAUGGAUGACUUCUCAACGCCAGGGUUAACCAACGCCUACGGCAUACGCCCUUCGCCUGUGAACUUCAUCGCGCCACACAAGAUGCCUCAGUCCUCGAUGGUGCCCACCAUAAUUCUUGACAAGAACGGAGAGCCAGAAAUGUGCAUCGGCGGUUCUGGAGGACCCCGCAUCGCCAGCGGCGUGGGCUUGGUUGCAAUGCGCACUCUCUGGCAAGGGAAGACCAUCAAGCAAGCGAUCGAUCAACCAAGAGUUCACCACCAAUUGCUGCCAACCGACCUGGAGGUGGAGGAAUUGUUUCCCGAGGUAUACGCGAACCAAUUACAGAAAAAAGGACACAAGAUCAAAGUCAAGAAAAUCAUGCAUAACGUUGUCAACGGCAUCCACAGGCGAGAUGGCCGACUCUACGCCAACACCGAUUACAGGAAGGAUAGCACUGUCGAUGGGGAUUGAUGGAUAUCAAGCCUUGCUUUACCAGUGAAGAUCCACGGAA